AAGCAAGCUAGGGAGAAGUCUGAAACCAGAACGAAUCUAUUGAGCUUGCUCUCCUUUUUCCCCGGUGCUCCCCGCCCAUGCCAUCGCGAGCAUCCUGAAACAUCCCUCCCCACGCCCCCAGCUCCGCCCCCGCCCCCCACGCGGGUGGGGAGGAGACUCAAAUUCUGGCGCGGGCGGCGACAGCCAGCACUCAUCCCUCCAGCCGGUGCCCGAUCCGGCUUUGCAGCGCAGAAGCGCCGGCUUCCCCGGUCGCGGAGCUGGCCCUGCGGGGCCCGGGGGGGAGGGGGAGCCCUGAAGCCCCCGCUGAGGCUGCCGCCGUCAGGCCGCCCCUCCCCCCCACCCUCCCCGGGCAGGCACCAUGCGGGGGGGCCCGGGCGACGCGGAGCGGCGACAGCGCUGGAGUCGCCUUUUCGAGGAGCUGGACCGUAACAAGGAUGGCCGCGUGGAUGUGCACGAGUUGCGCCAGGGACUGGCCAGGCUGGGUGGGGGCGACCCAGAUCGCGGCGCCCAACAGGACCUCUGCCCCGAGGAGGGAGAGGCUGAUGCAAGUGGCGGCCUGGACCUGGAGGAAUUCUCGAACUACCUGCAGGAGCGGGAACAGCGCUUGCUUCUCAUGUUCCACAGCCUGGACCACAACCAGGACGGUCAUAUCGAUGUCUCAGAGAUCCAGCAGAGUUUCCGAGCUCUGGGUAUUUCCAUCACGCUGGAGCAGGUGGAGAAGAUUCUGCACAGCAUGGACCGCGACGGCACCAUGACCAUCGACUGGCAGGAAUGGCGUGACCACUUCCUGCUGCACACGCUGGAGAACGUGGAGGACGUGCUGUACUUCUGGAAGCAUUCCACGGUCCUGGACAUUGGUGAAUGCCUGACGGUGCCCGACGAGUUCUCAAAGCAGGAGAAGCUGACGGGGAUGUGGUGGAAACAGCUGGUGGCCGGUGCGGUGGCAGGCGCUGUGUCCCGUACGGGGACAGCCCCUCUGGACCGCCUCAAGGUCUUCAUGCAGGUCCAUGCCUCAAAGACCAACCGGCUGAACAUCCUGGGGGGCCUGCGGAGCAUGGUCCAGGAGGGGGGCGCCCGCUCGCUGUGGCGGGGCAAUGGCAUCAACGUACUCAAGAUCGCGCCCGAGUCGGCCAUCAAGUUCAUGGCUUAUGAGCAGAUCAAGCGGGCCAUCCGGGGACAGCAGGACACACUGCAGGUGCAGGAGCGCUUUGUGGCCGGCUCCUUGGCCGGUGCCACGGCCCAGACCGUCAUUUACCCCAUGGAGGUGCUGAAGACCCGGCUGACCCUGAGGCGGACUGGCCAGUACUCGGGGCUGCUGGACUGUGCACGGCGGAUUCUGGAGCAGGAGGGGCCCCGCGCCUUCUACCGUGGCUACCUGCCCAACGUCCUGGGCAUCAUCCCCUAUGCGGGCAUCGACCUGGCCGUCUACGAGACCCUCAAGAACCGGUGGCUGCAGCAGUACAGCCAGGAAUCGGCCAACCCGGGGAUCCCCGUGCUCCUGGCCUGUGGCACCGUCUCCAGCACCUGUGGCCAGAUCGCCAGCUACCCCCUGGCUCUGGUGCGGACCCGAAUGCAGGCCCAAGCCUCCAUCCAGGGGGCCCCGAAGCUCUCCAUGACGGGUCUGCUGCGACACAUCCUGGCCCACGAGGGCGUAUGGGGGCUCUACCGGGGCAUCACCCCCAACUUCAUGAAGGUUAUUCCAGCUGUGAGCAUCUCCUACGUGGUCUACGAGAACAUGAAGCAAGCCCUGGGGGUCACGUCCAGCACCCCCUCCCAGCCCCAAACUGACCACUGGCUCCCAAGUCUCCAACCCCCCAACCAGUGUGGGGGCCCCACCGCACAGCCGGGGGAUCCUGGCAGCUGAAGCUGCUGGUUCCGGAUUCCGGAUUCUACAUUCCUUCCCCCCGCCACUGGUGACUGACCUCUUCCCCACGGGGGGCACAGGCUGACCCCCCUGGGCACCGGAUCCCAUGCACCCCCAUCCUAGGCUCAAGCCCGGCCCCCAAGGGGCAGGUGAUCAGGGGAGUCCAGCGUCCUGCUCCCACCUUGCACCCUAAUUCCCCCCAGAGUCCAAGUCUGUGGGAAGCUCUAGUCCCUCUUCCUGGGGACUGGCAAAGGGCACCUGAGAUGGGGUCACAUUACGGGGUCCUCCCUACCCCGCAGCACCCCACUGCCAGCCCCUCCUGAGCAUCAAAGAUGCAGGAGCAAAUCCACUUGCGUAAACCCAAGCACCCAAAGGUGCAGAAAGAAGUGAACAAGAGUCACCCCCAAACUCACCCCAGGUCUAUUUUUCUACCAGAGAGAGGUGCAAAACCCCCACCGCCACCCCGCACCAGCCUGACACCCCCCUCUGCCCCCACGCCUGUGCACUUUACAGAUGUCCUGAGCUUAGAACGGAGCCCCCACUCCUCCCAGGCCUCAGGGGACCCCGCGAAGGGACUGUGAAGGGGCUGGGGGGCCCCGUGACUGCCACCGCCACCUCAUCCCUUGCCCUGCCCGUGUGUGUGUUUCAAAGGGGAAAAAAAAUCCAGAAAGAAUAAAUUUUCUAAGCUCUU